AGGAUGCUUAGUUGACUGCGGAGAGAAGUGGAACAGUGGAUAGGGACUUGUUAUAGGAAUAUCUGACCAUGUGAUAUAUCCACUGAAUCUUUUCUGAAGUACAGUGGACAAUACCAACAACAAAACCAUGGAGACUGACGAGUACAUGUACGACGCGGACUACCUCUCUGCCCCCACUCCUCUUCCAUCCUUUCCUCAUUGUGACUAUAGCGAAUGGACCCCAUCUUUUUCCAUCAUCCCGGCUGUGUACCUGCUGGCAUUUUUCAUUGGUUGUCUCGGCAACGGACUUGUACUCUGGGCAUACCUGGACCGACCUGAUGGAAGAAAGAAAAGUACAAUAGGAGAUCAAAGUAGAAUUUCAAAGCUGUGUUGUUUUAGCAUUUGCAAAGAGGAAAUCAACAGUGAAAUCCCUCAGAAUAGAGAAUCAUCUAGAUCCAGUUCUAGACCCAUGUCUCAAACUUCAACAGCCUCCUACCCUCCAUCUGUCCCACGCCCAACCCGCUCUCUCACUGAAUCUCUCAUAGCUAGUUUAGCAUUAGCGGAUCUGUGCUUUCUGGUCACUCUCCCUCUAUGGGCGGUCUACACUGCUAUGGGCUACCACUGGCCAUUUGGACAACCACUCUGCCAAAUGAGCAGCUUUCUCACAGCUCUUAACAUGUACGCCAGUGUCUUCAGUCUGAGCAUGCUCAGUGUGGAGAGGUACUGGGUUCUAACUGGGCGCAGGCAUUCAGGCCACCAUCAUCGGAAAUUUCCUACAAGAGCUAUACUUAUAAUCACUGGAGUUUGGAUAUUAUCAUGUAUUCUUGCACUUCCUGGUUUGCUGCUACGCUCAGUUCAUGAAAUAGAGACUAUUACAGAUGACUGGGAUUCUGAGACAGCCCAUCCAACUAGUCCUGGAUCAUUCUUUCUCUCCUGCCAAAUGGAUUACUCUAUGUUAAUUGGAGAUGACUUAAGUGAACCUGAAAGAGAACAUGCUGAGAUGUGGUGGGCAGCCAUUUUAAGCUUAAAAUCAACACUAAUUGGAUUCCUUUUACCACUUAUAAUUUUGCUCAUAUGCUACUGUUCACUGGCCAAACUUCUCAAUAAACAUUUUGGAAGAGGUCCCCGUCCCGAUCGCAAACGCCAACGAAGACUUCUAAGAGUGAUAGUAACUUUAGUAAUGGCUUUCUUCCUUUGCUGGUUGCCUUUACAUGUUAAUAAAACAUUAGCUGUUUUACUGGGGUUUGGAUACAUCCCAUAUUCAUGUACUCUAGAUAGAAUAUUACUAAGUGUACAGCCCUAUGUUACUUGCAUAGCUUACCUGAACUCCUGUCUUAACCCUCUUCUCUAUGCAGCCUGUGACCCUGCAUUCAGAAAAAGGUGUAGAGGGGCUUUGUUAUUCCUCUGCAACAUCAGGAAAAGAGAUGAGAAAUCUGCUAUUGAAAAAGAAGAGGUUGAUGAAGGGAAGGAGGAAAAGACACUUGAAACAGCAGACAGGACAGAGGAGGACAGACUUGGUUAAAUACAUGAUACCACAAGAGCAAGAUAUAUUGUAUAUCAAUCAAAAUAAGCUGUGGCUGAAACUGUAUCCAGUGCCAUUCAUAUCAUAUAACAGUUUUCCCAUAAGAAAAUGACCACUGCUUCCUG